GUCACCUGCAUGGCUAAUCCGAGACGCGUGGCCAAGGUUCAGCAACAGAUGCGCAGAGAGAUAUCGAACAUGUUACAAACGGACAAGAACUUGCGCAACAUGAUAUCACCGGAAGAGCGCAUGGGUGUGGAUAACGUCAUCUCGGUCAUGGCGACCGUGGCCGACGUCGAGGUAUCCAACGAUCUCCAGGUCGUGAAAGUUUUCGUCUCCAUCCUCGGCGACGAGAGAGGGAAGAAGAACGCCAUCAACGGCUUGAAAAAGAUGGAGGGGUACGUCAGGAGGAACAUCGGAAAGAAAGUGUCGCUUCGCCUCACUCCUGAAAUCAGGUUUGUGUACGAUGACUCGUUCGAGCGCGGUCAGAAAGUAUCCGCGCUUCUCGACGAGUUGCGCGAGGAACGCGACGGAAGGCAGUUCACCUCGGAGGAGUUAGCCGCUGUCGAGGACACGAUUAGCAACCCGUACGACGACGACGACGACGAC